GCAAAAAGGGCAGAUUUUGGUGGUGGGACGAGGAGACGAAGAAGAUUUUGCCAGGCAAGAGAAAAUUGAGCUCGACCGGCCGUCGCGAUCGCCCGACGAGCGCAUAGUUUGCGUGUCCUGUGCCGGCUUCUUGGAACUAGGGUUUCCGGUUAACGAGAUUGGGUCUUUGAUUGGCCGGUAAUUGGAGGAAGAAGAAGGGGUGGAGCGUUAACCGAAGGGCUUAGAGAUCGACCAUGGCGUGUAAGGGAUUCUGGGAAUAUUUGUUGAAGCUUCUCAACUUUCUACUGACGCUCACCGGCUUGGCGAUGGUGGGAUAUGGGGUUUACUUGCUGAUGGAGUACAAUAAAGUCUCUUCUGGCGGCGACGGCGAUGACCAGGUUGCACCGACAAGCAACGAUCCCAAGUUCUGGAUGAUUGGACGGCCCAUGCUCGUUGGUGUGCCUCUUUCUUCGAGUUUUCUCGAUCAUCUCCCCAAAGCUUGGUUCAUUUAUUUGUUUAUUGGUGUUGGGGCUAUCCUCUUUGUCAUAUCGUGCAUUGGCUGCAUUGGAGCAGUGACAAGGAACGGGUGCUGCCUGUCUUGUUAUUCUUUCUUAGUGAUAUUGCUGAUUCUAGUUGAGCUGGCUGCUGCAGCUUUCAUAUUCUUCAAUCAUAGCUGGAAGGAUCUUAUUCCUGAUGAUAAAACUGGGAACUUUGACACUAUAUAUGAGUUUCUGGAGAAUAACUGGAAGAUAACAAAGUGGGUUGCUCUUGGAGCUGUUAUUUUAGAGGCUUUAGUGUUCGUGCUAUCUCUUAUGGUAAGAGCUGCUGCUAACAGAGCCGUCGAGUACGACAGUGAUGAUGAGUACAUCCGACAGCCGCUAAUGAAUCGGCAAGGAGUUCCACCUGUUCUUGGCACUCUCGACCAUCGUCCGAGUAGAAACGACGCCUGGAGCCAACGAAUGAGAGAAAAGUACGGUCUUAAUACCUUCGAGUUCGCAUACAAACAAUCAAACCCUAGUAGAUAUCAACAAGCCACUGCAUCUCAGGCAGAAGAAAGAGGGAGCCGCUGUAUCAUACUCUGAGCAUCUCAACUUGGCGAGUUCUCAUGCGCAUAAUCCGCUAGUUGGUUUGUCUUGCAACCUGUACAACUUAUGAGAUUUCUCUCUUUAGUCCAAUGUGUAGGCUAAAUUUCUCUUUACUGCAUCCGUUACCUCUGAGAUGAAUAAUAUUUUGCAACAACUAAAUUAAUUCAAUAGCAUGUUUUUACAU